ACCGUAUUCUUAUGCGGACAAAUCAUUCCUGGAGCUUCCUUUCUCUCUCCAUAUAUAUUCCUUCCUCCCAAUUCCAUCGCCCUAUAAGACUCUGGAUUUGAAUCCACCAUUGGAAACCGACCUCUCUCUCGUAUACCUCACACUCUCCUUCGUAUAUUCGCGCUCCAAGCUCGGUCUCCUGCCUCCGGCGCCAUCAUCCGCCUUCCAUAAGUCCCUUCUUUUAAGUUUUUCUCACCGGCUGCGAUUAGGGUUAUCGACGGUCAAGAUUUAGCACAAGAUCUCACGAUCGGAGGUUUUCCCCCUUUGGGUCAUUGACUUUUGCCACUGAAUUUCCUGCUAGACUAGACCAUGUCCACAUUCGAGUUGUACCGAAGGUCCCGUAUUGGUAUGUGCUUGACAGAAACUCUAGAUGAGAUGGUUACCAAUGAAAGAUUGAGCCCAGAUCUUGCUAUUCAAGUUCUUAUGCAGUUUGAUAGGUCCAUGACUGACGCUUUGGAGAAUCAAGUGAAGAGCAAGGUUUCUAUUAAGGGUCAUCUGCACACCUAUAGAUUCUGUGACAAUGUUUGGACGUUCAUCUUGAAAGACGCAACUUUCAAAAGUGAGGAAUUGAAUGAGCCAGUUAAGAGAGUGAAGAUUGUAGCUUGUGACUCCAAGUUGCUAUCACAGUGAGCUUUCGUCUCCUCUGUUCUCUUAGGCAACAUGGAUAUGCAUCAUUCCUCUGUGGAACUGGACUCAUGUGGCAGAUUUAUUUCAUGUAUUUGACAUGGCGUUUUUGGACACCUAACUCUGUUCAGCCUGAGAAAAUUGAACUGAGUUCGUACAAUCUUUGUUUUUUCUUCAGCAUCAGAAAUUUAAUCGAUCUGCAUCCA